UUUAACCCUCAUUUAUUUUUAACUCUGCGUGUAAUGGUUGGGUGGUCUCAUCAUUCCGUUUUUCAAUAAAAGAUGGGGAAAUUAAGAUUGUUAAACAAUCAUCAGCUCAGUUUGUGGCAUCUCUACAAUUCUCUGAUCCUGAUUGUUUCUUCUGUUGUUGGAUUUAACCUCAACACUGAACAGCCCACGAUCUUUAAAGCUCUAUCCAACACUUCAGCAUUUGGUUACCGUGUUUGUCACUUUGGAUCUGGAAGUGUGUUAGUCACAGAUCCUCUCUAUAACAAUGGCACCGGUACUGUAUACAGGUGUGUGUAUAAGGAUGGUCAAUGUGUUCAGCUCCCCACUGAAGUUCAGUCUAAUGGAGCAUUCGGUCUUUCGCUUGCUUGCACUGAGGAUCGUGCCAUGGUGAGUUUCCUAAUGUUUCCUGUAAACACCGGAUGUAAGUGUGUGUGGUUGAUUGGAAAAUGUUUAACUUAAGGCUACUGUUAUAUA